AGACGCGCGGGCUGCCCUCGGAGAUCCCUCCUCCCUGGAGAGACAGCGGGGUGCGUUUGCGGGGAAAGAGAGAGUGUGAAUGAAAAGGGAGAAGACUCAGUGCCUGGAAAGGAAGGCGGGAGAGGGAGCCCAGGAGAGGAGGGCGAAGAAAGGUGGGACGAGGGAACAGAGCAGAGGAGGUGGCUGUGGGGAGCGCGCGGAAGGGCCUGGACCGGCCACCCGAAGGAGAAGCGCGAAGGAAGGCGCUGAGGCAGAAGAAGGUUGGGCUCAGGGAAGGCGGCGCGUCACAGGGCGAAGAGGCUCCCGCGGCGGCGCCGGGGACCUUAUCGCCCGAGCAGCUGAGGGAGCAGGACCAGCCCCAUAGUAGUCCCCCCACACCGGCCCUAGCGAGGGAGGGGCGACGACCGCAGCAGAAGUUGAAUUUGGGCAUCCCCGCGGCCGUGUGAGGCGAGGCCACCCCGGCGACGACGCUGUUCCCGCCCGGCCGGGGGGAGGCGGCGAAAAGAGAAGCGGCGGCGGCGGCGGCAGCAGCAGCAGCAUGGUCUCCCCCGGCGGCUUCGCCUGAGGCGGGAUGAGGAGCCGCCCGUGGCAGCUGGGCAAGGUGCUGAGGAGGAGGUUCCGCCUCGUGCUGGUCUUCGGGGUGCUGGCCGUGGCGCUGUGCGCAGCCUACCUGGAGCUGGUGGUCUUGGCAGACGGCGGGGGACACCCCUUGAACCGCAGAUAUGGAAGCUGGAGUGAACUAGCUAAAGCUCUGAGGAACCAGGACAGCCCUAUAGUGGACCCAAGCCUGCAGUUUUAUCUGCCUCAGAAACCAGAAAAUCUGGUUCAUACCAGAGUUAACAGAAGAAGCAAUAAGACAAAUCCUGCAACUUUGAAUAACUCUCCCCCUUGGAGGCCUGAGUUCCAGGGCCAGGUCAACCUUCAUGUCUUUGAGGACUGGUGUGGUGGCUCCGUGGAACAGCUGAGGAAGAACCUCCACUUUCCACUGCAUCCCCACACACGGACUACUCUGAAGAAACUGGCGGCAUCUCCAAGAUGGACAAACUACGGGCUGCGCAUCUUUGGCUAUCUGCAUCCCUUCAGUGAUGGUGAGUUUCAGUUUGCCAUUUCUGCCGACAACAAUGCAGAGUUCUGGCUGAGUCCAGGCGAGAGCAUCUUGGACCUCCAGCUGCUGGCAAGUGUUGGCAAGACUGGGAAGGAGUGGACGGCACCUGGGGAGUUCGGGAAAUUCAAGAGCCAGAAGUCGAGGCCAGUGAAGUUGUCUUCCACGAGCAAGUACUACUUUGAGGUGCUACACAAGCAAGAUGACAAAGGCACAGACCACGUGGUAGUGGCAUGGAAGCUGAAUGACCCGGAAACCAAGUUUGCUGUUAUUGACUCUGAAUCCCUCUCCCUUUAUGCUAAUGAAACGCUUUUGAAAAUGGACGAAGUUGGUCACAUCCCGCAGACACUGGCUACGAAUCCAAAACAGAUUAUGUACAAUCAGGGUGCAAUGGAGCACUCAGCUGACAUGCUCAAGCCUGACCCCCGGGACACCAUUCAUAAACUGCCUCUCAUAAGGAAGUCGCAGUUGCGCAAGAUCCUUCCAGACUGCCCUUACAAACCAAGCUACCUGGUCAAUGGAUUGCCUCUGGAGCGCUAUCAAGGGCUUCACUUUGUCCAUUUGUCAUUUGUAUACCCCAAUGACCACACUCGUUUGACGCACAUGGAGACACAUAACAAGUGCUUUUACCAGGAAAAUGAAUCUUUCCUCGACAGAUUUGGAUUCUUCAGGUAUGUGAAAAUGGACAAGCCAGAGGGGAGGAAUUCAGAUUCUGAGGAAACAACUAAGUUGCCAGGUUAUGAAGGAGAAAAUUUUGAUGAUGUUCAGUAUGAAGACCCAGACGACAUGCAUCCUCCAUUAAGCUCCUCCAGACCCAAAGUGGAAAGAGGUCCCAUCCUGACAGCGGAGUACGCCAAUGUUUAUGAUUAUUCCCCACUAAAGCCUCGGACUCUCCUGUCAGUGACUGGAAAAGGCACACAGAGCAAAGCUGCUAAAAAGCGGACAAUGACAUUUGUCAACCAGACCAACAAUAAAACCAUCCCAGAAAUAUAUCCACCAGUAGGAAGCCUGUAUCUGAACAGCAGAAACCAAGAGAACUCCAAAAGUUCUCCUCACCGUGACAGAAGUGUCCAUGAGUUGCCAGCUACCAAGAGGAAAGGAGGAGAUGAGGGCAUGCAGACUAACAAAAGGACCAAAGGGAUUGGGGAACAAAACCCCAUCAGUCACAGGGAUUCAGCUGGAAGGAUCCCAAGAGAGACCUUGGGUUUUAAUGCAAACGGAAAUAUGGACCUGUCAUCAUUAGAAACCACAAAAACAAGGAGGCAAUCCCAGGUGCUUGACAAAGGAGCAGGGAAGGCAGCCUUCCGGGAUCAGCCUGCUCAUGAGGACCAAUGGCUUAACCAAGUAGAUUCGUAUAUAGCCCAGCACAAGGCAGCAGAUGCUGCGAAUGUCAUAUUUGGAAGAAUGGACCUGAAUCCCCAGCCACCUGUCAGGACUGAUUCUGCCCAGCCAACAAUGCACAAGGCGGAGGAUGAAGAAAAGGUGGUGGUGGUUGAGGAACAGGAGGAAGAAGAGGAGGAGAAGGAGGAGGAAGGGGAGGUAAAUGAAGAAGAGGAGUUUCGUUACAUGCCUGUAUUUGACCAACUAGUGAACUGGCAGCAGACUUUCAGGGCGAGUAACUUGGACUUCCAGGUGCUGCGGACAGACUGGAUUGACCUGAAGUGCAACACUUCAGGGAACCUGCUGUUAAAAGAGAAGGAAGCCCUUGAGGUCAUUCAUGCAUUCCUAAAGAAGCUCAACCAGAAGAACAAAGGGCGAUUCCAACUGCUGCGCGUCGUCAAUGUAGAGAAGCGGCAGGACCACCUGCGAGGCAGCCGCUACCUUCUGGAGCUGGAGCUGGUGGCACGGGAUAAGCGCAUUGUCCGUUUCUCAGAAUACGUAUUUGCACGGGACUGGCAUGGUAGCAGCAGCGGUGAGGAGGAGGGUAUUAUGAAGGAUCUGGCAUGGGGCCGCCAGCGCCAUUUGUUGGCCAGAAAAACUGAGCCAGCCCUGUGCUGGCCAGCAGGCUUUUCCUGGAACCAUCGUGCCGUUGUCCACUUCAUAGUGCCAGUGAAAAACCAGGCACGUUGGGUGCUGCAGUUCAUUUCUGACAUGGAAGAGCUGUUCAGGGUUACUAAGGACCCCUAUUUCAAUGUCAUCAUCACAGACUACAGCAGUGACGAUAUGGAUGUAGAAAAGGCUCUGAAAAAGUCCUCAUUGCGCAGGUACCAAUAUUUGCGGUUAACAGGGAACUUUCAGCGCUCUGCAGGCCUUCAGGCUGGAAUAAACCUAGUGAAGGAUUCACACAGCAUCAUUUUCCUGUGUGAUCUUCACAUCCAUUUCCCGUCAGGGAUCAUUGACUCCAUUCGGAAGCACUGUGUGGAAGGGAAAAUGGCCUUUGCACCCAUGGUUAUGAGGCUCCAGUGUGGCGCAUCCCCAAAAUGGCCUGAUGGCUACUGGGAAGUGAACGGCUUUGGCCUCCUGGGUAUAUACAAGUCAGAUCUGGUUCGCAUUGGAGGCAUGAACACCAGAGAAUUUGGGGAAAAGUGGGGAGGAGAGGACUGGGAACUCCUGGACCGGAUCUUUCAGGCAGGCCUGGAGGUGGAGCGACUCUCUCUCAGAAACUUCUUCCACCAUUUCCACUCCAAGCGGGGCAUGUGGAACCGACAGCAGCUGAAGAUGUGACGAACAUUUGCACUCGCAGCACAGACUUUAUCCAGGCAUGUCGAGGAGAAGCCUCCAGUGCCACAGAAGUCAGAACAUAAAUUUAGGCAUUAUGAGAAAGUAAGUUCAGGGGCAGAACUGAGAGCUUUUAUCUUGUGAGAAAAAUGAAAAUGGGAAGAAAACCAUCCUACCUCUAGUGUCUUACAUCCAUGACAGCGAUCUUUUUAAGAGCACAAAACCAAACUUUCUCACCAGCAUGUCACAGAUGCACUUCUGGGAAGCAAAAAAGGAAGCUGCCUUCCUCUACAUCAGACCAAUUGGUCCAUCUUAGCCUAGUAUUGUCUGCACUGACUCUACAGGGUUUCAAGCAGGAAACAUUGUCAGCCCUACCUGGAAAUGCCGCAGAUUGAACCUGGGACCUUCUGCGUAAAAAGCAAGUGCUCUACCACCAAGCUAUAACCCUUUCCCUUUCCUCUUCACCUGCAUCAUCCCUCUGCCUCAAAAUCCUCUUUUUGUGGUGCCUUCCUACUUCUUCCAAGGUUUUACUGAAAUGCUUUCACUUCUUAGAAGCAUCAGUAAUGCUACAGUUCUCUGGUCAACGGGUACAAAUGAAAAGGAGUGCCUUCCACAGUGUGUUAAAAAGAGGAAUAUAGCCUCGUUAUGUGUAGUGAGUUGUUUUUAAUGAUGCUUCUUUUUUUUAGAUACUUGAACAAAAAAAUGUGUCCUGAAAUCCAUGCCUUUGGACCAAAGUCACUGAUAUGUGGGUUGUGUCUGAAUACCUGUACAUAAGCCCAGCCAGGACAUACUAAAGGGGCCUAAGUGGAUUUUUCUCCUCACUUAAUGCAUAUUGUCCUCUGCUCAGGUACAGCAAAAAGAAUUAUGUUGAAGCCUUCACCUUGUGGCUUGCUGCAUCUUUAUUUCUUAAUAAGCAGCCUCUCUCUCUCUCUCUUAAUUACCAUUAAGCUGGGUCAAAACCCUGCUAAGACUUGAGAUAGGUUUUUGGCACAGAAUUGUGUUUAUCCUGACAGUCAUAUGAAACGGGGAAAACAGGGAACUGGAAAUAUGAACUUGAGACAACAACCCUUGAAUAGCCUAGCACUCGAGAGAUUAAUUUACAGCAGGGAUAAGGAAACUGUGGCCUCCCAGAUGUUGUUGGGCUACAACUGCCUUCAUCCCUGACAGGGUUUCCCAAACUUGAGUCUCCAGCUGUUAUUGGACUACAACUCCCAUGAUCCCUAGCUAACAGGACCAGUGGUUAAGGAUGAUGGGAACUGGAGUCCAAAACCAGCUGGACACCCAAGUUUGGGAAACACUGAUCCCUGCCAACUGGCCAUGCUGAUCUGAAGGGCCAAAGGUUCCCCAUCCCUGAUUUACAGUGCAAUCCUGGGCAUAUAUUUUAGAAGCAAUUACCAUUGAGUUAAAUAGCUUUUAUACACUGUCCUCCCACGCCUUCUAUUUAUUUUGUAGUUUUAAUGUUGGUUGGUUUGUACUCCGAUUUUAAUGUGUUCCAAGCCACCCUGAGGUGGAGGAAAUAAUCGUUCUUGAAGGACAAGAUAUAUUUUGUAAAAUUAAUUGAUAAAUUAAAGUUAUGGUUUUGUUACUACGUUUUGGUACUGAUUAUGUAUGAAGACCAGGUGCCCUUGCAUCAGAAAAUAUGUAAGAAAAUGAGCUAUCUACGAUGCAGUUUUGGAAGGAGUGGGAACAAGUUGUGCUAACUGGAAGUCAGAUUUGGGCCCGACACCUUCAGGAAACAAACCAGUCCUUAAAGCAGGUCACACAAAAUGGCUGUGUGUAAAAUGAGGAGCUGAGUUGGUUCAUUGAUGCAGGUGGGUUAAAGUGUGUGUGUGUGUGUGUGUGUGUGUGUGUGUGUGCCAAAUGAUAAUGGGAAUGGCAUUUUCUGUCUCUGGAAACAUACGAGUUUCCAGACUCCUUUCUUUUUUUAACUCUCUCUUCACCCACUGUAACCCCACCCCAUGCAGCAUAAAAUUAUUGUAGUUUUUUGAGCCUCAGUGUGGAGCAGGAAGGGAUGAGGCAAGGAAAGGAGGAUUUGGGUUGGUCAGUGGUUCCCCUAACCCAAUUUAAAAACAAAGUAAACCUCUUUCUUCAGAACUAUUAUUAAAUCCUGUUUAAAUGUGUGCAGAUUUCAUUGAUUCUACAAUAUCUCUUUGACUUGGUGGCACACAGAUACCAUAGCUGCCAAGUUUUCCCUUUUCUCGCGAGGAAGCCUAUUCAGCAUAAGGGAAAAUCCCUUAAAAAAAGGAAUAACUUGGCAGCUAUGACAGAUACAUAAACAUCAAACGUUGGAUGUGUGUAUCAGGAUUGGGUUUUGCUAUGAAGUCAAAGAAGGAAAUUCUAUGGGCCUAUGCUGAAAGGACUUACCAGUCUGAAUCUAUUGUUUGUUUGUUCCAGUAUCAUCAAUGUCACUGAAGUACCUCUACACCUUUUAUAGCUUGUGUGAAUAUCUGAAAUGUUCUUUGGUAUAUUUAAAUUCAUUUAUGAAAUGUGUGCCUUAUUGACAAGUCCCAAACCUUUUAUUACUUGCAAGAGGAAGCAUAAGUGCCUCUGUUUACAAAUACAGAUUCCUUACAGAAAAUGUGUGUGGUGUCUUUUUCUGAUCCUCAAAUGCCUGCCUGCAAAGUGGACCAAUCUAAUGUGAAAUUUUUGCAUAUGGGACCUGUCUCCUCUUCUGUAUUAGGGUAGCUAUGUACUAUUCUAUAAAAGGAUAUAAAAGAAAGAUGUUUAGCGCUUAAGAUUUUCAUUCACUGUCUGCAUUGAGUAAUUUGAUAUAUAGACCAAGCCACACCUUUGGAUAAAAUAUACUUUAAUAAAUAAAGAGAAAGCAAAUAGUUGGAAUGUGCGAAAGAUGCACCAGUUCUAAGUGGGAUGACAAAAUUGCAAGUCCUUUAUAAAAUAUUGUGAGAGUGGGCUAAGGACAGCAUGGGGGUAACUUUCAAGAGAAAUGCACUGUUUACAAAAAUCAAGGUUAACUUGUACAGCUUUAAAAUGCUUUGUAUUACUAUGCAUAGUAUUAUUGCCACCAGCAGAGGUUUAUAAUGCAAUUUAUUUUUUGCCACAUGCAAGCUGAUGGUUUGUAUUUCAACUAUAAUCCUAGUUUUAUACCUUUUGUAUACACUUUUUAUUUUAUUUAAAUAACAUAAUUUGUAUACAGCUUAAUUGCAAAAAACUAAGCAGGUUUACAUAACAAUUUACACUCGCGGAGGAGCAGGACUAAGUACAAUGAACCUCUGUAUGUGGAAUUACCUCUCCUGCUUGGGCAAAACAUACAAACUAUGGGAAUCUUGGCUAAUCAGGAGCUCCAGCAAAAUAACAGGAGUUUCAGCUAGUUUCAUCAGAGCCUCUGCACCACCACUGAUUACUGGAUCAGGGUAACAUAAUGCUCUUCAUUUAAUAAUUGCAUUUCUCAAUGUUUUAGUAGCUGGGGCAGACUCAUCUCUGAGCUAAAACCAGAUAUAUACUUCUCAUUCUUAUUUUUAGGGUAAUAACUGUCCACCCUCAGAGGAGCCAACAACUUGUGUGAGUCACUAUUUGGGGCUGGUCAUUCUGUUGCAUCCCAUCAUUGAGAGCAGUUGAUCCCAUUACACAACACAGAAACAAAGUCUCAUCCGGAGACAUGCAUCCUACACUAAUUCACUGCUCAGGUGGAUGCAAAGCAAGAGCAGUGAAUCAAAAAGAAACACAGUAGGCAGCCUCUUCUCUGGGUGGAUGCUGUGUGCUCAUACAAGAUGGCUUAGUGCGCAAUGCUAACUCCACUCCCCUGUAUUCAGCAGGACUGACUUCUUAGCAGUUGUGAUUAGGAUUGCAGCCUUAAAUGAUUUUUUCCUCCUGCUUUGCAAAUCUGUCUUCAUCUGACAACUUAGUGUCCUCUUGGAGAAAAUUUGAACUAAUGACCUAGCAUUUGCCCCUUAUCAAUUGUGCUCAUUUGUAAUUCUCUUCCAAUGUUUUAUUUUGAUACUGUUGUCCCCGUUGCUUACAUGGGCCGCUGCUGCCAUUGAUGGAGUACAUCAAGUUGAAUCACUGAGGGCUGCUCCUUUCCUGGUGGGAGCUGGGAAGCUCUAGCUGAAUUCAAUCCUCUGAAUUGCAGAGGAAUCUCAUUGCAGCCGCGGGUUGGGAACAUUUUUCAUACAGUCCGUUCCGGGUCAGAGACAAAGAAGAACAAACUUUUUUUCAUGUGUAUGGUAGGCUAGUUUCUACACACACUCACAC